GGGCGCGGGGCUGAGUCCGGGCUGGGUCCGCGCCCGGCGCCGCCGCCGCUGCGCCCUCCCGGCUGCCAGUCCGCCCGGCUCCGGAUCACGUGGCGGUUGCCGGAGGCAGAGACUAGAGAGGAGAGAAAAAAAAAAGCGCCUCAUUCCUUCUUCCACCGCCAUACUGUAUUUUAUAGUAACUCUCAUUUUUAUUCCUCCCUUUUACUCCCGCUCGGUUUAAAGCCAAGUGAUCCAGCCAUGACCGGCAAAACACAGACCAGCAAUGUCACCAAUAAGAAUGACCCAAAGUCCAUCAACUCUAGAGUCUUCAUCGGCAAUCUGAACACAGCCAUUGUCAAAAAAGGUGACAUCGAAGCAAUCUUUGCAAAGUAUGGGAAAAUAGUUGGCUGCUCUGUGCAUAAAGGUUAUGCAUUUGUACAGUACAUGAGUGAGAGACAUGCCAGGGCUGCAGUGGCAGGAGAGAAUGCCAGGAUCAUCGCAGGGCAGCCACUCGAUAUCAACAUGGCAGGAGAACCAAAACCAUACAGACCAAAACCUGGCAACAAACGUCCACUUUCAGCACUUUACAGACUUGAAUCAAAGGAACCUUUUCUGUCUGUUGGUGGUUAUGUCUUUGAUUAUGAUUACUACAGGGAUGAUUUCUACAAUCGGUUGUUUGAUUAUCAUGGACGUGUCCCCCCACCACCUCGUGCUGUGAUACCACUGAAGCGUCCUCGUGUGGCUGUGACUACAACUCGUAGAGGCAAAGGGGUUUUCUCCAUGAAAGGAACAUCACGAUCCACCUCAAGUGGGACUUCUUCCUCAGGAUCCAAAUCACCCACCUGUCUUCCCCUGCCCCUUAUGUGGAGUGAUACUGCCCUUGGAAGCGUCACUGGAAGAGGAAGAGAAAGAUCAGUGAAAUCAGAUGAGUUGCAAACAAUCAAGAAGGAAUUAACCCAAAUCAAAACAAAAAUUGACUCCUUGCUAGGGAGACUGGAAAAGAUUGAAAAACAGCAAAAAGCUGAAGCAGAAGCUCAAAAGAAACAAAUGGAAGAUAAUGCUGAUUUGGUUCAAGAAGAAUGCAUAUCAGAGAAUGCAGAUAACUCUACAGAAGAUCCAAUUGAAGGAGGGCCAGAUGGAGAUGGGGAUGGAGAAGAGAUGACUGAUGGGAUAGAGGAGGAUUUUGAUGAGGAUGGCAGCAAUGAGCUGUUUCUACAGAUCAAGUGAUGAGAUGCCACGUGUGAACCCCCUGAAGGCUGAGAAGAGAAACUCUGACUUCCCCAAGAAAAUUGUGAACUGCAGUUUCUUACUGGCUUGUAACACCUUUGAUUCAAUUUGUAUGAAAAUUAAAUUUACUUAUUAAAAUGAACAUUAAUGUUCAAAUAUUAGAAAUUCCAUUUCUUAUAUGUUCUAAGCUGUACAAUUGUCAGAUUUUUAUGGUUUAGAUUGUAAAUGUGUUUUUCUCUGGCUAAUUAUUGGUAUUAUUUUUUUAAUUUUGAUGUCUUAAAAGCCAAUGUACUGUAUCAUAAUAUUAUGAAGGACAUAUUUAACAGGAGUGGGAAACACUGUAUACAAAUGUAUAUUUCUAAAAGCUAUUUUUAUGAUUAGCAUGUUUUACCCUAUUUAGAGUCAGGUGUUAUUGCACUUCCUUGUUUACAGCUUAAUUCAAACAAGAUCAUUAUGAUUAGUGACACACUUAAAAACAUUGUAUGCUACUUUCCAUUUUUUAUUUAUUGUAUUUGUCAUCUAAAAUAACCAUGUUUACUAAACAGGCUUAGUUGCUAAAAAGUAAAUAUGUCAAAAUAUGAAAGCAAUCUUUGAUAAACUGUAAAUUGGAUCCUUUUGUUAAUCCCUUUCUUCAGAUAAGCGCUCUGUGAUGCCACGCACUAUGCAGUUGUUGCAGCAGUAUCUGCACGUCUCUAAAGGCAGUUUCUUGCUGCCAUAUGGAAAGUUUACAUGACAGUCAGUCUCUUCCCCAGUCAGGUAAAUUACCUAUGCUGCCAAUAUUCGAGAGCCUGAGUUGGCUUACUGACUACUUCUUUGUUUCAUUUCCUGACAGCAGUCUGUCCACUCCCCGACCCCAAAAGCCUUCCUAAAAGCCUGAAGUUGGAAUAAUUAUUACAGGUGUCCUAGGGGUAAUGUCAGCAUCGAAUUUCUUAAUAAAUCAUAUUUCCUUUCAAAUAGAGUGGAUGCAUUAUUUCUCUUUUGUUACUAAGAUACUAAGAGUAUCAAAGCACAUCUGAUAUGGGUACAAGUUCUUAUCUAAGGAGAGUAUCGACUCAUUAACCAUCUGAAAGCUAGGCUUCCUUAGUGCUGCAGAUGACAUGAAACAAGGAAGAAAUGUUGAUUUACAUCCACAUGUGAGAUAUACUCCGAGAGAAAUAUCUUUGAAGUGAUUGUAGGGGCAAAAAAAAUUUAAAGCAAUAGCCUUCCAAUAGUGUGAGAUAUGAAUGUAAAUAUUUUAACCAGUCAGAUGGAGCUCCAACCCAGUUUCAUAGCAUUGUGCAAAACAACCCUAACUGCUAUCAUAGAAUCACAGAAUCAUAGAAUGGCCUGGGCUAAAAAGGGCCACAAUGAUCACCCAGUUUCAACCCUCUGCUAUGUGCAGGGUCACCAACCACAGACCAGGCUGCCCGGAGCCACAUCCAGCCUGGCCUUGAAUGCCUCCAGGGAUGGGGUAACCACAACCUCCUUGGGCAACCUGUUCCAGUGUGUCACCACCCUCCGUGUGAAAACUUUCCUCCUAACAUCUAACCUAAACUUCCCCUGUCUCAGUUUAAAACUAUUCCCCCUUAUCCUAUCACAAUCCACCCUCAUAAACAGCCAUUGCCCCUGCUGUCUAUAAGCUCCCUUCAAGUGUUGGAAGGCCACAAUGAGGUCUCCCCAGAGCCUUCUCUUCUCUAAGCUGAUCUGUUGCCGUGCUAUUUGGUAUCCAACUCCACACAGAUGAACCUUUACCUUGCUCUUAUAAUCAUUCUGCAUAGGCUAAAAGAAAGAUAAGAAAGAUAAAAAUGAAAGCAUUGAAGAGGCUCUUUAACAGAUCAGUCCUUCAAUAUCUAUAAAAAACAUUUGUUUGUAAGAUGAUAGGCCACCACUAAAAAUUAGGGUUAUGAAAGAGUAGUAUAAUUAGCUACACCUGACCAUUAGCAAUUACAGCCUCAGAAUCUGCCAAGGGGGACUGUUCCAGAAAAGAGAGAUAAUAUUAUUUCCAUCUAAGAGAAACGUUAGCACAAAUCAAAGGAUGAAAUAUUUCCCCAUUUUCUCCACUACUUCUCCAUAUAGUAUAGAUUAUGCACAUCUUUAAUAGCCAAAACUCAACAAGAAUUGUCAUUUGGGGAUCUCUGUCUUUGGCUGGCAGUUAAAACAAGUCCAGAUCUUAGUGGACAUUUGCCCAUUUAAGAAACUGCUGACUGACUCUAAAAGACUGUCAUCCAAACAGAAUGUCAUCCAAACAGAUCAGCUUUUUUAUAUAUGGGCAACUGCUAGGUACAUCUUUGCUUUACCACCUCCAUUCUAAAUGACCAAAUAAUCACCGAGAAGCACUCCGAUUUUUAAAAACAUCUUCCCAGUAGUAUCUUAUGAUCAUAUAUUCAAAGAAAUGAUUUCAUAGGCUUAAUGUCAACCCUUCUUCACACCACAGUUUAAGUCCUGAAUAGAUUUUGAACACAAAAAGUCACCUUUGAUGAGGUCAUGAGACACUGUUUCAUUUGCAAGCCAGAAGCUUCCUUUGCCAUGCAGUCUAUUACUAGCAAGGUUUCUUAACAGCAUGUUUGCUUCAAAUCACUGCAGAGGAUUCUGGUAGCUUCAGCAGAGCUUGACAGUUCUAUACCUAUGUAUGCAGUACACUCAGUGUUGUCUGCCAUCAAAACAUAUACAUAUUUUUCAUUGGUUUUGUUACUUGUAUGGAGUUUUUUCAUUUUGUGUUUUUGUUUUGAGGUUGUUCAUCCCUUGUAAUGGGAAAGAACAGGAAACAUAAAGGAUCUUGUCAAGUAGUUUGGCUAGUCAACAGUCAUAAAAUGAGUAGUCCUGAAUUAAACUAAUUCAUUUUCAACAAAGACUUACAUCCUCUGUGAAUUUUGAGUAUUAGUUUCAAGCCUGUGCAGCUGCAUGAUGGAAAAUAUUUACUAAAAAAGGCUUUAAAAUUUGGAUCAAUCAAUAAAAAAUAUUUUUACUUUUGUAAACUCUUGUAUUACAUAUUGUCAAUGUCCCUGUUAGUUUUGUCUGUAGAUCAACUUUUAGUUCUGAAAAGUCACUGUAAUAAAACUAUGUAGAUAAGAGCUACAAUAUUGUAAGCAGUCAUGUUUUUAAUCAACACCACUGCAAGUCAAAAUUAAAGCAUUUGGGGUUUUCCCAUGUCAAACAGAUUGAUGUUUCAUUACAGUUUUCUUUAAAAUGCUGUAACAUAAUUUUUACAUGUCUGUAAAUAAAUAUUUUCUCUGA